GAGUUGGAGAACUGAUGCGGCUGCCAGGCUGAUCUGCUAAUGGGACAUUCUUAAGAUUAAUGAUGGACGCAGUGACAUCUCCAAAGAUGGUGGUGAACAGACCAAACGGGCUGCAGGAAGCAGACUGUGGGGAAGGUGUGGAUUCGCCCGUAGAUGACCACCUCAUGACCCUGAAGGCCUUGACAGAGAAAUUAAGACUGGAGACCAGAAGGCCGUCCUACCUGGAGUGGAAAGCCCGGCUGGAGACGGAACGCUUCAAAGAGCCGGGGACUGGAAAAUGCCAGUUCCAGGAGGAGCCUGAUGGGGAACCAGCAGCGCACAAAGAGACCGCAGAGCAGAUCCAGCCAAAGCUGUCAUCAAGCGGCGUUCUGAAGGGGUUUGACAGCAUCGACGAGGCGCUCUCUUGGCUCAGAAGGGAGCUGACCGACAUGCGAGUGCAGGACCAGCACCUGGCGAGGCAGCUCAUGCGCCUCCGGAGUGACAUCAACGCGCUGAAGAUCGAGCAGACGUGCCACCUGCACCGCCGCAUGCUGAACGACGCCACCUUCAGCCUGGAGGAGAAGGACGAGCUGUCGGACCUGCUGUGCGAGUGCCCCGUCACGUCGGAGCUCGGGCUCUCGGCCCCGCUCAGACUCAUCGGGGUCACCAAGAUGAACAUCAACUCCCGGCGGUUCUCGCUCUGCUAGGCGGAGCUUUGGGUGGAACAGAGUCGGACAGGAUGGCUGGUUUAACGCUAACGUUGAUCCAUAUGUUGACGCAAAUAUAUAU